GUAACGGGGCUGUAACGGGCGGGGGUGCCCCGGGCCGGGGGCUCACAGCGAUCCCCGAGCCCCUGCGCCCCCUCCGGGUAUCGCAUUAACGGGGGUCCCCCUGCUGGGCCCGCAGCGGGGGCUCCGUAGAGAGACCCCAGGCGGGGUUUUGGGGGGACCCCAAAUUUCGUGUAUGGGGGUAACCAGCACUCCCCCCGCCCCCCAAACGUGUCGCCCCCCGAAAACGGGACCCUGAGCUGCUGCUGGCCCUCCCUGCCCGUGCUGGGCACGGCGAGCACGGCUGGGGUCCCCUGCAUCACCCAUGGGUGGGGGUCCCCUGUGGUGCCCUGGAGGAGUCCCCGCACCGUCCGAGGACGUCUCUGCUCAGAGGGUCCCCGCAUUGCCCGGCGGGGUCCCUGCUCAGGGAAGGUCACCGGGACACGAGGUGAGUGUUUGGGGGGCUGGUGCCUCCUCACGCAGUGCCCCGGCACGGAGCUCGGCACCGGAACCACCGUCCCGGGGACCCGCGGGGCGGGGGCCGGAGCGAGCCCCGCGGGGACCGAGCCCGUGCCCUGCCUCCGCCCGGACAGGUCGGGCCGGUCCCGCGGCCGUGGCAGUGACACCGCGCUCAUGGCUGAAGCUCCCCGGAGGCUCCCGGACCCUUUUCCCGGGCCCCCCGGGCUGGGGACGGUGCUGCAGCGGCUCCGGGGCAGGCUCCGGCGCUGGGGCCGGCAGCUGUGCUGGUCCCUGUUCCUGCUGCUCUACGCGGGGUGGCCGUGCUGUCUCACCCCCUCUCUGCCUUACAGACUGCUCUUCGGAAUGCUCUACCCUGCCUACGCCUCCUUCAAGGCCAUGAAGACGAAAAACACCCAGGAACACGUGCGGUGGAUGAUGUACUGGAUCGUCUUUUCCCUCUUCAUGACCACAGAGAACUUCACCGACCUCUUCAUCUCCUGGUUCCCGUUUUACUACGAGGUGAAGAUGGCCUUUUUGGUGUGGCUGCUGUCCCCGUACUCGCGGGGGGCCAGCCUGCUCUACCGCCGCUGCGUGCACCCCAUGCUGGCCAGCAAGGAGGAGGACAUCGACGAAUUCCUGGCCCAGGUCCGGGAGCGCAGCUGCCAGACCAUGCUGACCUUUGGCAAGCGGGGCCUCAGCCUGGCGGCUGCCACCGCCAUCCAGGCAGCCACCACCGCCAUCCAGACGGCCACCAUGCGCCAGGGCAUGCUGGCUGAGCGCCUCUGCAGCUUCAGCAUGGAGGACCUGCCCCCCCAGCGCAGGACCUGGCUGUGCCUGGAGGAUCAGGAACUGCUGGGCCAUGGCAGCGGCCGCCGCUACGAGAGCAAGACGGACAAUGAGGAGUCGUGGUCGGAGUCGAGUGUGUUCUUCUCGCCGUCCCCACUCCAGGACCCCAAAGACCAGUCCCGCAGCCAGAGCCUGAGGAACAACGUGGGGAAAGAGGGCUCUUCCCGGCUCCUGCGCAGCCACACCAGGAGGAAAGUGAUUGUGUCGGAGCAGGACAGCUAAAAAUCCUGGGAAACUUCUGCCAGGAGGCUGCAGAGGAAUUGGCUGCUGUGGCAUCAGGAGGGAACCGCGGCUCCUGAGUGCCCCGGGGCGGCUCCUGAGUGCCCCGGGGCGGCUCCUGAGUGCCCCGGGGCGGCUCCUG